AUGAGCAAAGUCAAUAAAUCUAACGAGACAUAUAAACUAGCUUAGAAAGAACAUAUUAUUCUCUCUAAGGAAGCAAUGGUUAAGAACUUUAAUAUUCAUUAAGGAAAGAAUCUCUAUUGGACAGAUGAUACCAACGUAGAACUGCCCAUUAUUAUACAUGAAGGAGAUAAUUUCCCUCUAAAAACUAUUCCAGAAGUUUUUAAAGAAGUUGUCAAGAAAACUCCUCAUGCUGUGUCUAUGAAAGUCAAGAGAAAGAAAAAUCACAAGGAUAGCAAAGAGAGUUACAUAGAAUGGACUUGGAAAUAGUAUCAUAAAGAAGUGACAAGUUUUGCUGCUGCAUUAAUUAAGUUAGGGACAAAAGAGAGAGCAGUGGUGAAUAUAAUUGGAUUUAAUGCACCUGAAUGGGCCAUAGCUUUCUUUGGAACCAUCUUCGCAAAUUGCAUUGUCUCAGGUGUAUAUACUACAAAUACCUAAGAGGCAUGCUUUUACUAAGCUGAUCAUAGUGAGGCAGAAAUUCUAGUCGUUGAAAAUGAAGAGCAUUUGAAAAAGUAUAUUACAAUAAUAGAUAAAUUGCCAAACGUCAGAGGAAUCAUCGUUUACGAUGAUGACGCAAGUAAGUUAAGAGAAAAGUAUUCUGAUAAGAAAAAUAUUAUACUUGGAUGGGCUGAGUUCCUAGGCCUUUCAGAAGAUUAUAAUGAAAAGAAAAAGCUUAAAAAAGCUGUUUUAACUCGAGUAGAGAAGCAAAGACCAGGAAACUGUUGCAACAUAGUUUAUACAAGUGGAACUACUGGACCCCCAAAGGGUGUUAUGCUCAGCCAUGAUAAUAUGCUCUAUAAUAUGAGUUUGACAUUAAGAUAGCUUCAGACAGAAAUUGGUUGGAGUGAUGAUGGUUCAGAAAGAGUAGUAAGCUACCUACCUCUUUCUCAUUCAGCAGCCUAAUGUACUGAUUUAUUACUUCCCAUGAUAGGCCAUUCAGCAUUAAUCUUUGCUAAACCUGAUGCCCUUUAAGGAAGCUUGGUAGAAACUUUGAAAGAUGUGCGGCCUACAUUAUUUUUUGCAGUCCCUAGAGUUUGGGAAAAAUUUGAGGAAAAGUUAAAGGAAAUUGGAGACAAGAGUGGCUCUUUUGCCUAAUCAUUAUCUGGAUGGGCUAAGGAUAAAGCAUACAGACAUUACAAAUCACUACAAACACAUCUAAGAGAGGGGGAAACCAAACCAGAAGAUCCUAGCAUUCAAUACUUUAUUGCUAAGCAUGUAAUAUUGAAUAGAAUUAAAUCUGCAAUGGGAUUGGAUUAAGCCAGAAUAUACGCUUUUGCUGCGGCCCCAAUGAACAAGAGGACUCAGGAAUAUUUCGGAUCACUAGACAUGCCACCUUUAUCAAUCUUUGGAAUGACAGAAUCAUCAGGAGCUGUGACAACAUGGAGCUGGUCAAGGCUUAAAAUGUUUACUUGCGGGGAGCCCAUUAAAGGGAUCAAGUUCAAAAUUGAUAAGCCUGAUGAAAAGGGUAUAGGUGAAAUAUGUAUGAAAGGGAGGUGCAUGUUUUUAGGGUAUUAUAAAAAUGCUUAGGCAACUUAGGAUAUGUAUGAUGAUUAAGGGUAUAUACAUUCAGGAGAUCUUGGAUCACUUCAUGAUGGAUUCCUUGAGAUUACAGGUAGAAUCAAAGAACUGAUUAUAACUGCUGGUGGUGAGAAUAUUGCACCAAUACAAAUUGAACAUGUUUUCCAAGAGUAAUGUCCAAUGUGUGCUAAUAUUAUGGUAGUAGGGGAUGAUAGAAAGUUCCUCUCUGCUAUUAUUACUCUAAAAUGUGUUGUUGAUAUUAAAAACAACAAACCAUCACAUAUUCUUUCGGAGGAGUGCAAAAUUCAUAUUAGAAACCUAGUAAAAAAUGGGGAAAAUUUAAAAACUAUUGAAGAUGCUAUCAAUAAUCCAGAUAUUAAGAAAUAUAUUCAGGAUUGUAUUGAUGUCACUAACUCAAAGGCUAUUUCAAGAGCCCAGCACAUAAGAAAAUGGAUUAUAGUUCCUGAUGACUUUUCUAUCUGUGGUGGUGAACUUACACCUAGUCUAAAAAUGAAGCGUAAAGUUAUUGAGGCGAAGUAUUAGAAUGAUAUUGAUUAGCUUUAUAAUGAAGGCAAAUUAUGA